AUGACGCCUUGGGGAGGCCUGGCUCUCUACGAAUCGUCCUUCACCUCAAUCCCCCUGCCUCCCCCUCCACGGCCCCCUGCCCUUCCACCCCCUCCCCCUCCUGCUCCCCCGGCCACGCCCUCCACUCCUUACCGGGACAGACAUAACGAAGACGAGGACGUUUCAAGUUCAAGUUUCAACUCUCCAUCUCCGCCUGGUGCAGUCCCUCAGGACAGUGCCACAGGUGGAGGGGUCAGAGGGUUGCGUGCGAGGCGGAGGUUGUUGCCCCAGCGGCGUUUGCCUCGCCCCCCCCGUCUCGCGCCCCUGCGUCCCGUCACCAACCUCAGUUUCUCUCGGAGCUUCACCUUCUCUUUCUUUGAGCUGCCGCUCCACCAGUCGCCUCGCUGCCGUGCCGAACGCAUCAGAAACCUCAUGCUGCUUCUGAAACAGAUACACUACUGAAGCACUGCCUGGACAGUUUUAUUUUUCAAUUAAUUGGACACAAAUGUUACUUUUCUCAAAUGUAGUAUUUUUGUAUUGCUACAUAUUAAACAUCAGUACACCAUUUCCAAUUUAGAGUGAUUUAGAUAGCUAUAUAUGCUUUGUUUACUGUGAAUAA